AUGAAAAUCGAAUUUCUUUCUAUAAAUGACACAUUUUGUUUAGUAAAAAUUGGUUUCAAAUAUGUGCUUGCUUUAUUUAACGGAUUCUAUUUAAUAAAAAUGGUGUCGCAUCCUAAUGAGCAUAGUAUUAUUAUAAGCAAGAUGAUAUAUAUAGGAAUAGGAAUAUUAUUGAAAAUAAUCCUAAUAAUAAUAUAUUGGAUAUAUUUCAUGGAUAUUUAUGUAUUAAAAAAAAAAUCUAAUAAAAAAUUCUUUGGAAAUGUUUUUUGUAAUUCAAAUAAAAUCGUAGAUACAAAUAUAAGCACAAAAUUAAUAGAAUCAGACGAUUUUGAAUAUAAGAAAUUGAUUAAGAAAUUUUUUUUAAAAAAAAUAUAUUAUUCAUUAAAAAAAAGUCACAAAAUAGUGGAAUUAUAUAUGCUAAAGAUAUAUAAUAGCGAUUUUAAUUGUUAUUUUUGCAACAUACGAGAUAUAUUAUAUGCCAUAAUAUGGUACAUUAGCUUAUAUUAUUGGAGAAGAGAUGAAUAUAAUAUUUUAUGGUCUUUUAACAAAAUACCUAUAUAUCUAUAUAACAUAUUACUAAUCCUUUUAUCAUCAUCAUAUUUUGAUUUAGUUAUGAUUAUAAUAAGCUACAACAAAAGUAAAUAUCAUAUUAUGAAAUCAAAAUUAUUAAUAGAUGUCUUUUUUAGUUCUCCAAGUGCGUUUUUUUUUUCAAGACAUUUUUUUGUUCUAGAAAAUGGAAUCGAUAUAUAUUUUUUAAUGGGAUUUCUAAGAGUUAUUAAAGUGUUUCUCAAUGUUUCUUAUGCAAAAACAGAAAAAAAUUAUUUUUUGACAAAUACUGAAAUAAAAGUUAUUCGUAUUAUACUAGGAGUAUUGCUAUUAUGUAAUGCCUUUGCUUCAACUCUUUAUACUAUACAAGCCAUCCAUCCGUAUAAUAUAGACAACGAUGGUUUUUAUUAUAUUCUCAGUAAUUAUUUAGAUUAUUUUUAUUUUUCAAUUAUAUCUAUUUCUACAGUUGGCUAUGGGGAUAUCAUUCCUACUAAUAAAUUAAGUAGGGUUGUUUGUAUAUUUUUUAUAUUUUGGACAUUUAUUUGGGUUCCAAUACAAUUUAAUGAUUUAAUUAUUUCGAUUUUCUGCAAAAAAAAAAUUUAUGGAAAACUUAGUAUGAAUAAUCAAAAAUUAAUUUUACUAAUUGGCGAUAUCCAGCCUGAACAAUUAAAUACUUUUUUUUUUGCAUCAAUAGCAUAUGGGAAUAAAUUAAAAUUUCACAUACUAACUACCUAUCCUAUAAAUUUAUAUGAAGAACAAAUAAAAAUAGCAGAUAACUAUUGUAUAUCAAUAUACAUUAAAAAUUUUGACAUAAAUGAAAAACACAACACUAAUCUAUUAUAUAGUGUCAAUGCGCAAAAUGCUUAUUAUAUGUUUUUGUUUUCUAAUAAGUUUAAUAAUGGUUAUUAUAAUAUAGACACUAAAUCUUUUACACGGUUAUUAAUUUUAUCAAAGUUUUUACAAGGAGAAAAAAAAAAUGCAGUUAUUGAAUUGCGAAAUGAAUGUGUAUCCAAUAUAGUUAAAUCUAUAGGGUGUGAACAGUUUGCUAUUGUUAAUCUAAAAUAUUCUUUAAUAGUAAAAAAUUUAGUAUGCCCUGGAUUUAUAACUUUUCUUUCGAAUUUAUUUACAGCAUAUAAUUAUAAUGAAAAUCCUUAUUAUUUUAAUAAUAGUAAUUAUUUUCAUUCUUUUAAUUUUAUAGCCGAGUUUAAUAAAGGAUCUAUAGCAAAAAUAUUUUCUUUUGCUGUUCACGAUAAUAUGAUUGGGUUAAAUUUUGACAAAUUAUUUUACAGAUUAUAUGAAUCUUUGGGUAUUUUACUUAUAGGAAUUGAAACUUCUCACAUGAAUAAUAACAAUUUUGUAUAUUCAAAAAAGAAAAAUCCACGUUUUUUCUUUGGAAAUAUGGAUAGAAGUAUGAUUAAGGGAAACAAAAUAAGUCUACGAACUAGACGAACAGACCAAAUAGAGGGACAAAAAAAAUUGAAAUUUAAACUUAUAUAUUUGUGCUUUCUAAAAAGGUAUCUUCAUUCACUUAGUAGAUAUAAAUCCAAUAACACCAAAAUGGUUACUAUAUUAAAUAGUAAGAAAAAUAACUCAAAAAUGAAUAACCACAAUAAAAAAAGUUAUUUAAAAGAAAUGCCUAGGUUGUUAGAAAUGUUAAAUGACCAUGUGCACCUUACAAAAAAAUCGAAUCUAAGCACAGUAAUAUGGAAUAAUGAUAUAAAAGAAUCUUAUAAAGAGACAAAUAAAAAAAGUUAUCAUUACAUAAUUGACACAAACAGCAUUAAUGGAGUGUAUAAAAACAAUAUUCUAGAAAAGGGAAAGAAAGACAGGAGGGAUAAAUAUAUAGGUAAUAAACACACUACUGAUAUAUAUAUCAGUACAAAUGAAAGUUAUCAAAAUAAUAGGUUAAGGAAUCGGCGCCCCAAAAAUGGAAAACCUUAUUUUGGGAUGUUAAAGAAUAGUAACGACAAAUUAAUUCAUACAAAAAAGAUGAAUAAUUAUUAUGAGUGCUACAGCAAUAAUGGUAAUAUAAAUGAAAUAAAUAUCCAAAAUAAAAGAAGUGAGAAGCCAAAAUGUUAUUUGAAUUUAUUAGGGAAAAAUUAUGUCAUGAAAGAAAAUGAUAAAUGUAUAGUUCUUGCAAACUCAAAGAAGGUUAUAAAUUAUUUAUCAAAGGCCAAAAAUUUAUAUUGGCUAUUUGAAAUUAGCACCACAAAAGUGGAUAAAACUACAUAUGAUUUAAAAUCGAUCAUAAAAACAAAACAAUGCUUUAACAAAACCACUAGUUCUAAUUUGGAAAAUGAUAUUCCUAUUAUGCCAUAUAUGAAAAAUAAAUCGAUAAUCAAUAAGCAUAGUUCAAAAAUAAUGCCGAUGGAUUAUUAUGGUCUAUUCAAUGGCUAUAAAAGUUUUCGAGGAUUUCCUCAAAGAAAUUAUGGAAUAAACAAAAAUAUUUUAAGAAUAUCCUGCAAAGAGAGUUUUAACAACGGUAUGAAUAGUAAUAGAAGUAGUAAUGAUAGAAGUAGCAGUUCGCCCAAACUUGGUAUAGAUAAAAACACAUUGUCUUUAACUAAAAUUUCUAAUGAAAAUAGCCAUAUAAAUUCAAACUCAAAUGAUAAUUACACUGUAAAUUAUGAGCACCAUGAUCAAUAUUUUUUCAAAGGAUGUGUAAAUUGGGGAAGUUGCAACAAUAGCAACACAAGUAUACAUGAAAAUACACAAAAUGAAGUAUAUCCAACCAAAGAUGUAAUGAAUAAUGUAGAUAAGCUGGAAGGAGGCAAAUAUACUUUCGAGGUUAAUCUAAAUGAUACUAUGUUGGUGGAAAAUGAUUACAAUGCACUCCAAAAAGAGAAUAUUAAUCAUUUUGCUUCAAUAAAAAAAAGUAAUAUCAAUAGUAAUAAUACGAUAUGCGAACAAAUAAGGAAGUUAAAUAAUAACUUCAUGUUUAAAAAAAAUGAAAAAAAAACAAAAAGAAAAAAUGAUAAGCAGAAUACUAAUGAUAUAUUAGAAAGAGGGAAAAUUGCCGUUGCCUAUUCCUAUUUGGAUGCAUGCCACAAAUAUUUUGUUCAUAGUGCAGAAAAUAAAAAAUUAUUACUAUUAAUAAAUUAUACUUCAAAUAUAAUACAGCUAGUUAAGUUGAUAAAUAAAACAUGCAAGUAUAACAUAAUUAUAUUGACAAAUGAACUAUCAGGUGUUAAUAUGCAUCAUAUAUAUAAUGUUGUUUUUAUAAAAUGUAAAACUAUGGAUGAUUAUAACUUAUUAAAUGCCGGAUUGCUUCAAGCAGAAUACAUAUUAAUUUUACCAACAGAAGUUAAUGAUAUAAAUGAAAUUAAUGAAAUAGACAUGAAUAAUAUAAUAUUAACACGAAAAAUUACAUACUUGCUAAAAAAAAAAAAAAGAAAUUAUUUUAUAAAUAAUAUAAUCACAGAAUUGGUUAACCCUACAAAUAUUAUUUUUCUUGAAGAAAAUAAUAUGAUAAAAAUGACUGAAAAAAAAUCGUCUUAUAGUGAUUUCUUUCCUUAUAUAAACUCUACUCAAUUUUAUAGUAGUAAUAUAAUUUCUGAAACAAUGCUGUAUAAUUUUAUGGUCCAUCAUAAAAGUUUCACAAAUUUUCCAGUGUGUAAUAACACAUUGAAACAUUUAAUAAAAGAUGUUAAAAUAAUUUAUGCGUGUGAAUUAAGGAAAUAUUCUGAUUUCUCUUUUAAAAAAAUUAAAACAUUUCGUGAUCUUUUCCUUUUCUUAUCAAAAAAAUCUAUUAUAGCAAUAGCUUUAUAUAGAAAAGGAGACAAGCAUGUCCCCUUUUAUAUUUACACAAAACCUUGCGAAAAUUGUUCAAUACGAUUUGAUGAUAUUGUUUAUGUUUUGUAG